UGACUCCAGACUUGUUUCUCGCAUCUCGUUGCCUUCAACAUCCCAACCGCUGCUGUAGCUUCCACGCACAGACAGCUCAGCGUCGCUUUCGCAAAUCGCAACAUGACAUUGGCCCAAUUGGGUCUUUGCGCAGGGAGCAUCUACGCCUGUUUCCUAGCCUGGGGAUUGCUUCAAGAAAGGCUGACCACAACAGCCUAUCCCAUCCCUCAUGAUUCGACCUACAAGGACCAGCUUUCCGCUUCAUUGCAUGAUCAAUCGCUCGAAUACUUUAAAUCACCCUUGUUGUUGAAUUGGGCGCAGGCUAUCGCCUGUUCCAUUGUAGCCGUUGCCUACCUCGUCGCAGGCAACUCGCGCAGCACCGCCUCGAAGGGGAAAAGUAUCUGGAGAGUGCUCGGAUUAGACGUGCUCAGCGUGAGCGGCGCUGAGCGGGCGCAAAAGCCGGCAUUCACACCGGCAUCUCAAGUCAGACCUGAUGGCAUUUCGACGACGCGGAGGAGGAGGAUAUCGCCCCUCUUUGUUCGAUAUCUCGCCAUCGCCGCUUUCCAAUCGACGGCCUCCCAAUUAGGUCUACUAAGCCUCUCGCACGGCAUUUCGUACCCCACUUUGACCUUGGCAAAAUCCUGCAAGCUUCUACCCGUGCUUAUUGCCAACGUGGUCAUCUAUCGGCGCAGAUUUGCUCCUUACAAAUAUGCUGUUGUGCUGCUCGUAACGGCAGGCAUCAGCGCAUUCAUGCUGGCCGCGCCCAGCAAGAAGAAGUCCUCAUCGGGGGGAGAUACGCUGUUCGGAAUGGGAUUGCUCAUUGCUAAUUUGGCAUUGGACGGGGCAACGAAUAGUACGCAAGAUGACGUCUUUUCCAAAUGGUCAAUCGCUGGACCGCAGAUGAUGCUACUGAUGAACCUACUAAGCUCGAUCCUGAUGGGAUUCAGUCUGAUCCUUCCUCUUCCAGGAGUAGGCUCAUCCUCAAGUGCACAAGGAUCAAACGAACUUUCUUCUGCUCUUGCAUUCAUCCACAGACAUCCGCAAGUUGUCAAGGACUUGGCAGGAUACGCAUUGGCGGGCGCUUUUGGACAGAUAGCCAUCUUUGAAACGCUAGAGAGGUUCGGAAGCUUGACUCUGGUCUCCAUCACCGUGACGCGCAAACUAUUCACCAUGCUGCUCUCCAUCGCAGUGUACGGCCACAAGCUCAACCCGACACAGUGGAUAGGAGUAGUGGUUGUCUUCUUUGGACUCGGCAUAGAAGCGAGGGAAAAGAGGAGGGAGGGGCUGCAAAAGCAAAAAGCAAAGGAGGAGGUGCAAAGAAAAGCUGAGCAAGUCAAGAGCAAGUGAGAAUGCUUGUUUAGCUCGUCUCGCCUUUGACGACGGCUCGGCGCCAAGGGAUGGCUUCUUUUGGCGCUGCGUUGCUCUACUCGUGCUGCACAUUACCGCUUCUCGUCGAAGCAUCUGCUUGAGCUUGUCACCUGAACACACACAAACAGAUUCGCAAUGCGACCUUGCUAAUAUUCAUGCGUCCAAUCG